UGCCCGAGAACGAGAUUUUAGUAUGGCCGAACGAUGGUCGGACGAAAACGUUUUUGCCAACAGGGCGUACUUUAUGCCCGAAAAACAACCAGCAGAACUAGGAGUAGAUCACAUCAGAGAAUCUGACCAAGCUGUCUAUCGAUGUAGAGUAGACUUUAAAAUAGCACAAACCAAGAACAGCAGAGUCAAUCUCACCGUUAUCGUGCCCCCGCAGAAGAUGACGAUCAUGGACGAAUCGGGCUCAGUGCUCACUACGUUCGUGGGCCCCUUCGCCGAAGGGGCCUCCUUUGUGCUGCGCUGCGAUGUUUCUGGAGCCAAGCCACUGCCAACAGUAACGUGGUACCGUGAUGAUGUCUUAGUAAGCAAUACCAGCAUAUCAUUGGGAAAUAGCGCCGGUGUCAGCCAGGUGCGGAGCGAACUAAGGAUCAACAGGUUAGGUCGACACGAUGUUGGAAAGCAACUGACAUGUCAGGCAUCGAACAAUCCAAGAACACCCCCAUUAACUGCCUCCCUGAAAAUCGACAUGAACUUCGGUCCAUUGGACGUAAAAAUUUUGGGAUCCAAUCAACCCUUGUCAGCUGGGAGACGCCACGAUUUAUUAUGUCAAAGUUCCGGUUCCCGACCUCCUGCCAGUAUAACAUGGUGGAAAAACGGCCAGAGAUUCGAAAGGACGAAUCACACGACUUCUAAGGAUGGCAACACAACUACGAGCACUCUGGCCUUCGUACCCAAAAAAGAAGACGAUGGGAAGUACCUCGCGUGUAAAGCAGAAAAUAAAAUGAUUUCGUCAGUGGUCCUAGAGGAUGGCUGGAAAUUGGAGAUUCACUAUACUCCAGAGGCCAGGAUUCUCCUGGGCACUUCCCUUAAUCCCAACACCAUUAGGGAAGGUACUGACGUUUAUUUUGACUGCAUUCUUAAAGCUCAUCCUCCUGUAUACAAAGUGGAGUGGAGACAUAAUGGAAAACUUCUGAACAUAAACGUGAAUGCCGGAAUAAUUAUCAGCAAUCAAAGUCUCGUGCUGCAGGGCGUAUCAAGAUCCACAGCCGGAAACUAUACAUGUGUGGGGUACAAUACCGAAGGUGACGGAGAGAGUAAUCCAUUCUACCUCAACGUCCUAUAUGCACCUAGUUGUAAACCGAAUCAGACUAGAAUCUACGGUGUAGCAAAACAAGAGAGAGCGCAGAUCAGUUGCCACGUAGAUGCCAACCCACCUGAUAUUGAAUUCAAAUGGACGUUCAAUAAUUCUGCUGACUCGGUUGAUGUUAGUCAAUCCUACAUUGCCCGUAGUGGUACUGCAAGCGUAGUUUCCUAUACUCCCAUGACUGAACUGGACUAUGGUACUUUACUAUGCUACGCCUCCAACAGGAUUGGUGCACAACGAAGUCCUUGUGUAUUUCAUAUCAUAGCUGCGGGUCGACCAGAUCAAGUUCAUAACUGUACUCUGCUCAAUAUCUCAAUGACGUCGUUUAAUAUUCGAUGUUCAGAAGGAUUUAAUGGUGGUCUUCCUCAAUCAUUUUUAUUAGAAGUUAGAGAAAGUCAAAGUCAGGAAUUAAAAAAUAACUUAACAUCUCCUGUAGCACGUUUUUCGGUAACAGGAUUAGCAGCUGGGCUACAGUACCAUGCAGUAUUAUUUUCUUUUAAUGCUAAAGGUCGAAGUGAACCGGCAGUGAUACAAGCGGCGACUUUGCGACUUCCAGAAAAACAGUUGACGGCAGAAAAAGAAAGCAGCCGUUCUGGCAGUUUCCACUUUACGCCUAUGAUGAGCAUACUGAUUGGUGUCGUUUCUGCUCUGUUGAUUGUUGCUUUGGUAGUCAUAAUGGUGUUGCGUAUGCAGUGCUCUCAUCACAACGAGAUCCGGUUAAAAGGGCAUAAAAAUAGCGCCACGGUGGUCAGCAGGAGUAAUCUGGAACACAGGGGAUCGGGCAGCCUUCCAACGCUGAGUGACAAAGGCGGUGGCAGUCCAAUUUCCAAACACGAUUCCAGCGCUGGUGAAUGUGACAGCGACGAAAAGAAUCCUGAUAUCAUUCCUCAGUCUCUAGACGAAGACGAGAAUUCCGACUAUUCCAGAAAAAGACAACACGUGUCUACGAUAGAAACAUCACCCAGCCGUGGUAUGCAGCAUCAGCCUGGAAAUUCUAGUUAUAUGGGAUAUUGCACACUUAGAAAUGGAAUGCCAUCGCAUGAUUUGUCAGCUCAACAAAAAUUGAUUCCGGCACCGCAACAAAUGAUGAGUCCAUACACAUCGUGCACACUGCCACGUCAACCACCCCAACAGUGGCUCUACGGUCCAAUGAGUCACUUACCUCCGGGGAUGUAUCCUGUAGCCUAUCGAAGCGGUCCACUUCAAUCGCAGCGGUCCCAUCCGCAGACUAGGGAACCCCCCAUAGCGUUACAACCGUUAUCGAUGACUGAAGACGAGCCUUCGGCCGAAACACCUUUGGUGCCAAAUAAAAGAGAAAGCACUGUUUGACAAAUCUCUCCAAUCUAAUCGUUAUCAGUAUCCAGCACAAUAAGACAGGGUUUCUCUAAAUAUUAAAGAUGUCGGUUUUUGGUGUAAUGUGAUUUUUAUUCUGAACUGGGUGUUAAAAGUAGGACCAUAAGGUUUAAUUUUCUAUAAACAUGUUGAGUGGAUUCUACCCAUCACUUUGAGAUUUCAUUAUAAAAUAUGUGAAGAUGUGGUAAUACCCUUGUAUUUAAAAAUAUCAAAAUCAAUUUUAUUUUUUCAAAUAAAAAAUUAUUAUUUUGUAAAAUUUAUUCUUGAGAGAUAUAAUUUAUAACUUUAAUGCAUAAUUAUUUAAGUUACCUAGCAUUUAAUAAACUUUUCUACUACUAAUAAGGGAAAUGUAAAAUUUUGUGAAAUAAUUUUUUUUUUCUAUGGAUGCUAUACAAUGUGCAACUUCUCUCACUACUUAUAUAAAUUCAAAACGAAUAAUUCCGCACGCAGUAAGAAAGGUCGGCCAUUGCACUAAGAAAUAUUUUUUCUCACGGGUUCUCGCAGGUUUUCCUUUAAUAUGAUUGCCGUUUCCAUGGUAACAUGCACAAUAAAAAUACAAUUAAUGUUGUUAAAUAUAAUGUCAAAAAAACUUACCAGGAAUUAACUUUCACAACUGUUCAAAAAUAAUUGUUAAUUAAAAUUUUAAUUAAAUAACGUAUAGAAAUUUUAAGAAUAUUAAAUACCUCCAUGUACAUGUAUUUUAUUUCAAUUUAUGCAGAUAAUAUACCUAAAAGCACCUAUAUAAUUUAAUUUUAAAGUUGGAACUCUUGACAAAACCGCAUCCAUAGAAAAAGUACAGUGUACAACACAUGAGAAAAUGACAUAUUAUUUCUCCCUCGCUUGAUUUGCAGCACUCGACUGGAGCCUCGGCUCGUGCCAACAAACUUCUGCGCUCGUGAGGAAUAUGUCUUUUUUCUCACUUGUCGUACAAUAUACUAUUUUAAAGGAUUUAAAUACAUUACAUAGGUACUGAGUUAAAUAAAUAAUUCAAAAAUGAAUUAAAUUAUAUUUUUAUUGUCAGUAAAAAGCUUUUCAAACAAAUUUCUUACUGUACACAGUACUUUUGGGUGUAUUUGACUCGAUUGAAUUGUAAUUUCAGUUAUCUUCUCAUUAACUUUUAUAAAUUUCAAGUUUUUGCGAGGUGAAUCGAUUCCCUUUAAAACCUUCAUCUUUUGGGUUCAAAGGAAUCGUUUUGAAAUUUUUUUAUUAACACUUAAACUUUUAAUCUUUCAAAUGCUGGUUUUUAAAUGCCUUAAUGUUUAUAUAAAUAAAGCCUUGGUGAAUUAAAAAAACGCUGGGUUUUAAGGGUCGUAGAAUGUUGUAUAUUUUUUUAAGUUCGUGUGAAAAAGCUAACAUUUCGAAUAAAAAAAUUUACUUCCUACAUAUUGAUGCGUAUAAGUUAUUUUAAAUAUUUAUAAUGUUAAACCCACAAUACCUUUGCAACUCUAUUUUACAAUGUUUGUCAUUAACUUUUUAACCGUUAAAAGAUUUAAUUUGAUAAUACAAGCCUUUAUCUUCAAUUUGGUAUCUUUAGAAUUUAUGUAAACCCAUAAGCAGAUAAACACAUUUAAGCCAUAAGUUUAAAAAAUAAUAGUUGGUCAACGCAAUGAAUAAAUUUGUUUGAUUCUAAUUGAGUCACAACCAUUUCUGUCAGGGUCGCAACGCCACGCGUAAGUACAUACGAAAAAUCCAAAAUGCAUACACACCAAGUUGGAUACGAUCAUAUUCAUAACACAGCAACUCGCAUACAUAUUAAGAAAAAUAAAUGUAUAUGGACAAAUAUAUUUAGAAAUUCAUUUAAUGAUGUCAUGCUAUUAUAGGGUGGCCGGAAAGUCCCUUUACACUAAAAAUAAUAAUGUUUCAACACCGCGCCAAUGUUUGUUGGCGGUUUGACGCAUGCGCAUUGUCAAGGGCAUCUAUCUGGUCACGCAGACAGACAACAAUAGUUGCGAUUGAAAAGUAAUGGCGGACACAAGUGAGUAUACCUACAAAUUGAAGACCGUUUGGUCGCUGCGGUGUAGAUACACGAACGUCGUAAUAACAAUAAAACAAUGGCCGACAGUAUGAACGAAUUUGUUGUUUGUUUUGAAAAACCGUCACCAUCCAGACCAACUUUUCUAUCAAGGGAGAAGAAGGCUUUUUCAUUGGGAACCGUUCUCGAUGCACGAAGAAGUGAAAGAACAAGAACUCGAAAACAUGUGCCGGCAGUGAUUAAUCCAUUGAACGUUCACCGAUGAAGUCGACACGGAAACGCUCUGCGGAGUUUGAUAUUGCCACUGGCGGAUUCAGGGGGUGUGUCACGGGGGUCAUGACCCCCCCCCCCCAUAAUUGUAAACCCACAAAUCACCAUUAAGACCCAUGACCUCCCAACAAGGCAAGAUCACAUGCGAAAGGUGAAACGCUUUAUUUAUUUUCAACAAGAUGGCGCCUCACCUAAUUUUGCUCUCACUGUUCGCAAUCGCCUGAAUGAAAUUUUACCUGACCGAUUGAUAGGACGAGGUUGUCCAAUCCUUGGCUUCCAAAAAGUCCAUAUUUGACAACGCCGGACAAUGUACUGUGUGGUUUAAUUAAAGAGGAGAUUAGAAAAGGCAGAUAAUAUGUUUCAAAUGAGGACUUGCGAAACGGAGUUCGCCAAGCUUUUACGUAGAGGAAAGUAACCAAAUAUGGAAUAGUUCCCUAAUAUGGAAUUCCUUGAUUUCUCCGAAAAUAUAAGUUGGAAGCGCACUACAAGACCAUCCUCUAUUUCAGUCGCUCUCUUUAUUAUCGUAUUCACACCUCUGUGUCAGAUGCGCGAACGAUACGUGUCUGACAGGCGCGUUUUGUUAUAUCGUCUCGCAGAAAAUUUCAAAGGUAAAUAUAUUCAACGAGUAUUAUUGGUUAUUAUGCAUGAAUACAGACUUGUUAUGCUGUUGCGUAUAUCAAUAGUACCUUUAUUUUGAUAUUUUAUGACCUUCUGUAAUUAAAACAUUACGACUUGAAAAAAUGUUGAUACUAGUUUGAACUAAUGUACAAAUCCAAAUAUGGACAGUCGUUGGUGCCUAAUUAUGGAAUAGUGGAUUAAGUGUAAGUGGGCUCAUUAUGAUUGUGCUGGUCCAGAGUUUCAUACAUGGAUCUGUGAUGUCGGCAAGUGAAUUAAGCUACUUCUUCCAUUUUUCAAAAUUUUCUUAUUUAAAUUUAUUUGAUCUCAGAUGUUUAUGUCUAUUUUUGUUAUUGAUAUGUUGGUUUAUGCCUAUAUUCCAUAUAUGGGUACCUAUUCCAUAUUUGGUUACCCAUUUGGGAUUUUGUUUUUUUGUUCGAUUUUUUUUGUUAAUUAAGAUAUUUAAUAGAAGGCUUUUAAUUACUACAUAAAAAUGUAUGACUGAUGUGUCAUAACAUUAAAUUGUUUUCAUUUCUAUAAAGGUAUUAUUUUAUAUCCCCAAAACAAAAUGGUAUUCCAUAAUUGGCGACUUUCCUCUAAGUAACUCCGAACAUGCUGAGACGGAAGAGUUGUGUUGCGACAAUGGAUAUAUGCACACAGAUAUUUUAGAUAAAUAAAUAACUAACAAUUAACUUACAAACAAAAUUAUAUUAUUAUUUUUCCCUCUGUAAUACAACAACAGCAAUUCAUUAAUGUAAAGGGGCUUUCCGGCCACCCAUAUGAACGGUGCGCUGGAAUAAGUUUUACCCCCUUAUUAACUUAUUUACUAUUAGCUCAUAAGCAAAACGCUCCUAUAGGUCGAUUUUUAAAAUAAUCUUAGUAUAUUAUGGCAUCAAUGUUUCGAACUUUACGCGAUCCCUCUUCAGGUGACAGGCAUAAGUUUGAUUUUUUUAAAUGGGAAUGUACAUCGUGUCUGUGACACCUCAUUUAAAAGUUCUUAAAACACUGAUUACAAAAAUGUGUAAUACUUUAAUCCUUUUUGAGAGCGUCGGCGCAAAAUUUCGGUCGAAUUAUUUUUAAAUGCAUUCAUUUUUUUUUAAUCCUGAGAAAACUAAUAAGUAUUUUUGAAAAAUUUUAACGCAGAAUGAAAGAUUACAGUAUUACCGAGGGUUUCAAGCUGUAGAACUUGUGCUAUAAUGCUUAUUUUAAUAAGUUACAGGGGUGAAAAAAAAGAGAAAACUGAGUGUGAUUUUUAUUUUAAAAUAUCAUUCAAAAGAAACUUUUUGUUAAUUCUAAGAGACUUUUAGCCCUCGGUAAUAUUUUAAUCUUUCAUUCUGCGUUUAAAUUUUUAAAAAAUACUUAUUAGUUUUCUCAGGAUUCGAAAAAAAAAUGAAUGCAUUUAACAAGAAUUCGACCGAAGUUUUGCGCCUACCCUCUCAAGAAGGAUUAAAGUAUUACACAAUAUUGUAAUCAGUAUUUCAAGAGAAUUUAAAUGAGUUGUCACAUGAUGUACUUUUCCAUUUAAAAAAAUCAAAGUUAUGCCUGUCACCUGAAGAGUAUCGCGUAAAGUUCGAAACAUUGAUGCCAUAAUAUACUAUGAUUAUUUUAAAAAUCGACCUGUCCGAGCGUUUUGAUUAUGUGCUAAAAAUAAAGAAGUUAAUAGGGAGGAGUAACACUUAUUCCAGCGCACUGUAUAAUGUAGGUAAAGUAGCGUGAUAUCAUUAAUUCAAUUUCUAAAUAUAUUCUUCCAUAUAUUUAUUUUUCUUAAUAUGUAUGCGAGUUGGUGUGUUAUGAAUAGGUCGUAUCCAACUUUAGUUACGCGUGACAUUGCAAACGUGACAGAAAUGGUGGUGACAUCUGUUGACUGUCUCAAUUUAUUAGAAUCAAACAAAUUUAUUCAUUGUGUUGACCUACUAGUAUUUUUUAAACAAUGCCAAUUUUUGUUAAACAAACAAAAAAAUGUAGACGUUUAUACAGAUUAACAGAUACCUACUUUCUGGGAUAAAUAAUUUUAACUUUGCAAUAUCGAACUAUUAAGUGAAUCUACUUGAAAUCUCUAUAACUGAAUAUUUGUGAUAUUGUCCCCAUUCUUACGCGAAAUUAAAGUUUGUUGUGCAUUUUUAGAAUAGUUAUUAAUAUUUUGAAAAAAAAUCGACUUUUGAAGCUAUUUUUGCAACAAAUUAGCAAAAACAACUUUAUAUAGCUGUAAUUUUAAAGGAUUGUCUAUGCUUUUUCAGUAAAAUUGUGUCACCUUUUCGUAUAAUUUACCAGUGUUCAACUUUGGUAUUUAAAAUCAAAUACCGAUCUUACAUUAUACUAUUUAUAAAUAACAAAUUGCUGAAAAUGAAUGAAAAUGUUUAAUCAUUUGCAUGUUUUGUUUAUUACAUAUUGGUAUCACCAAUUUUAUCAAAAAUAGUUCUUAGAUACCUGUAUUAGAGUAAAAAAGGCUUUUUUGCUCAUUUUUCUGAUCUAAUAAAUACCGGGAAUAUACUUAUUUUAACAUAAUAAUGUUGGUUAUUAAGACGACUCAUUUAUUCCCAAGAGAACAAAGUAGCAGAAGAAACAUUAAAAUUUUUAUCUGAAUUAUCACGAAAUAUUUCUUUUACUAUUUUAACUACCAUUUAUUUAUAAAUCCUUGAUUUGGCUAAAGUAGCCAACAAAUCUCUUAAAAAUGGGUUGCAUUCCACUUAUCAUGUAAAAUCAAUUACAAAAUUUAUGUAUGAUCUUUACUCUAAAUGAAUACAGCAAACUUUUUUAGGAAUAUUUUUUUGUAUCUGUCAUGUACACUCAACAAAUAAAAACAAACGAACACGA